AUCAGGAUGCACAGGUAGACACCAUUGUCCAGGAUCACAUCUACCACUCAAAACCACCGGGAUCUGCUUCAAGGGAGUUUUGCAAUUUUGUCUGUCUCCACAUAACUACAGGAAAUUUUCCUUUUUCCUUUUUUUCCCGCCACACUUUUUCCAUUUCUGAAGUUAAACGAUGGCCAACGCAGGAAUACAGCUCCUGGGCUUCACACUGGCUUUCCUGGGCUUCAUUGGCUCGAUAGCGUCCACAGGCAUGGUGGAGUGGAAAGCUUCGUCCUACGCGGGAGACAACAUCAUCACAGCCCAGGCGCUGUACGAGGGACUGUGGAAGUCCUGUGCAUAUCAGAGCACGGGUCAGAUGCAGUGUAAAGAAUAUGACUCACUUCUCCAGCUGCCAGGGAUUGUACUGGGCACGAGGGGGCUGAUGCUGAGCUCCAUCGUCUUGUGCCUCAUCGCCAUCUUGGUGGCGACGGUGGGCAUGAAGUGCACCACCUGUAUGGGAGAACAACCGGAGCAGAAGGACAAGGUGGCGCUGGCUGGAGGGGUCAUCUUCAUCAUUGCCGGUCUCCUUGCUCUGGUGGGGACGUCCUGGUACGGCCACAGAAUAGCACAGGACUUUUACAACCCGUUCACUCCCACUAAUUCAAGGUAUGAAUUUGGAAGUGCUCUGUUUGUUGGAUGGGGCGCUGCAUGUCUCACCAUUGUAGGAGGGGGCUUCCUCUGCUGCAGCUGCCCCACCAAAGACUCAGGGAAAUCUCCGCGCUACCCACCGACCCACUCUGCCGGCCAGACGGGCCGGGACUACGUCUAGAGGGACCAUCAGUCCUUCCAGCUUCUGCUCAUGCAAGAGUGUUACGCAGCAUGUGUAUUUGCAGGUGUUGUAAUUGGUGUACAUGUUUAUGGUUGUUGGGGGAAAAAAAUGUGUUGGACCAUAUGACAAACUGCAUAUAGUGAUAUAUGGAAACAUUUUGUGAUAAAAGAAAUGUUUGGACACUGGACCUUCACAUAUGAACAAUGGAUCAGCAGAUGACAGCAGCAGUAAAUUAGAAAUAGCAAAUGUUACUUGAAAUUGAACGUUUUAAACUCAAGUACAACAAAAUGUAUUAGAAUGUAUUUGAAGUAUUUAACAACAUAAUUAUUUUUGGAAUUUAAAGUUUUGAAAGUCUUCACAGCUAAUACCCAUUUUAUUUUUUGUACUAUCUUUUGUUACUUUGCUUUGUUUGGAGGCUUCGUUAUUAUUUAAUCACAUGUAAAAUAAAAUACUUGUUACACUC